AACUAACUUCAUCUGGGUCACGUGACUGCAGUGUUUCCGUGUCAGAGAGUGACGUGAGGAAAUCAUAUGGAACAGAAACGUGAAUAGAAACUUAUGCUGAUACUGACAGUGUUCGAUGAGGCUGACAGACAUUGUCUGUGAUUCAAAAUGUACCCGUCCUCCUGUGACACCUUUGUGGCUCUGCCCCCCUCCACUGAGGGACAGCGCAUCAUCUUUGGAAAAAACUCUGACAGGCCUUGUGAUGAAGUCCAGGAGGUGGUGUAUUUUCCCUCCAGAGACUACGGUGCAGAGGAGAAGGUUGAGUGUACAUACAUAGAGAUUGAGCAGGUUGUCCACACUUAUGCAGUUGUGUUGAGUAAACCAGCGUGGCUCUGGGGGGCAGAGAUGGGUGCAAAUGAGCAUCAAGUGUGUAUUGGAAAUGAGGCAGUGUGGGGCAGAGAGAGUGCUGAUGGUGACGAGGCUCUUCUUGGCAUGGAUCUUGUCAGGCUUGGACUUGAGAGAGCAGACACGGCAGAGAAAGCGGUGGAUGUUAUUACCGAGCUGCUGGGGAAAUAUGGUCAGGGUGGAUCUUGCAUGGAGGAUGAGUGUGGCUUCACCUACCACAACAGCUUCCUCAUCUCAGACAGGAAGGAGGCAUGGCUGCUGGAAACGUCAGGGAAGCACUGGGCUGCAGAGAGAGUGGAAGGUGGAUAUCGCAACAUCUCAAACCAAUAUGGUAUAACAACCAAGAUUGACAAGGAACAUCCAGAAAUGAGGGAAUAUGCACGAAGCAAGGGCUGGUGGGAUGGAAAGUCUGAGUUCAACUUUGCUACGGUCUACUCCUUUACGACUACAGCCAGGAUAGAGGCCUCUGGGAGCCGAUACUGUGAGGGGAAGAAGCUGUUGGAAAAGAGCAACGGCCACAUCACUGCUGAGACAAUGAUGGAUAUCCUGAGGGAUAAAGAUAGCGGCAUCAACAUGGAGGGCACGUUCAUGACCACAGGAAGUAUGGUGUCUGUGAUACCCACAAAUCCUGAUCUGCCAGGGGUUCACUAUUUUACAGCAACUCCAGACCCUGAAAGCUCUGUAUUCAAGCCGUUCAUCUUUGUGAAGUAUGCCAAAGACUUAAAGGAGACGACUUCUCCCAGUUAUGGUCCAGAUGACCCUGUGAAGAAGAAACCCCGCUUCCGGAGCAAGCCUGACCGCAAACACGGGUUAUUUGUCAAGCAUGAAGUGAUGGCUGCCAUCAUUGACACUUACAAGGACAGAGGGCAGAAGAUCAUCGAAAAUAUGAGGCAGCUCGAAAAAGCGAAGAUGACAGAGAUGGAGAAGUUUCUUUCAGAUGGUAUUGAGGAACCUGAUUUUUUGGUGAAUCUGUUCUCCAGCUCUAUCCAGGAGGAGAUGGCUACGUACAGCAAAAGCUGAGAGACCUGCAACUGGUUGGAACAACAAAAACAGGUCUCCAGGGUGACAGUAGCAGUAAAUGUCUCUGCAGUUAGUUUACCUUUUAGUCUGGUACAAGUACAAACAUGCUUGCAUUGUAAAUCAGAACACAACUUAGCAUUAUUAACAUCAUUGUACAAAAUAAUGAUGCAGCCGAGGAAAUUCAGGCAAUAACACGUUGUAGAGGACGGACUAAAUAUUCUUGUAUGACUAAUCCUUGACCACAAAUACAGGACAGAACAAAAUAAUUAUGCAAUCCAUGAUUUUAGGGUUCCAAUGUUAAAUUUUAUUUUAAAACAAAUGAAGAUCAUAAAUAUGCAGCCUUUGACAGAAUUCGUGUGUGACACAUUGGAUUAAAAUAUUUUCAUUAAAAUGUUCAACAAA